UCACAAUAUGGCGGCAGCAGAGGCGCCGAUGGACCAUUACGCCGGCAGAUGGCGACAUUCUGAAAUCACUUCCUGGUUGGAACGUAGAAGAAGAGCAGUUGAACAGGGCGGACAAACAAACAAACCAGAUGAUGCUGUUGAAGCAGAGCAAACUAACUUGAGGCGGUGUGGAUGACGGUUCGGCUGAGAGAUGAGUUCGUUCGCGGGUCGGAUGAAGGAGUAUCCCACCGUGUCUUUGGACCGGUUCGACAGGGAGAACCUGCACGCGCAGGCUUAUUUCCUAUCUCACUGUCACAAAGACCACAUGAAAGGACUGAAAGGACCUCUGCUGAAGAGAAAACUGCAGUUCAGUCGAACCGUCAGACUUUACUGCUCCUUUGUGACCAAAGAGUUGCUGCUAAACAACCCAAAGUACGCCUUCUGGGAGGAAUACGUAGUUCCUCUGGAGCUGGAGAGCCCCACUCAGAUUUCCCUGGUGGACGAAGCGUCUGGAGAGAGAGAAGAGAUUGUGGUGACUCUGCUUCCUGCAGGUCACUGUCCUGGAUCCGUCAUGUUCCUGUUUGAGGGUUGCCAUGGAAACGUGUUAUACACGGGGGACUUCCGGCUGGCGGUCGGAGACGCAUCCAGGAUGGAGCAUCUGCACUCCGGCAGCAGGGUCAAAGACAUCCAGAGUGUUUAUCUGGACUCCACGUUCUACGACCCACGCUUCUACCAGAUCCCCAGCAGAGAAGUGUGUCUGAAAGGGAUUUUGGAGCUGAUCGGAAACUGGAUCGGCCAGAGUCCAUAUCACGUGGUGUGGCUGAACUGUAAGGCCGCGUACGGAUACGAGUAUCUGUUCACCAACCUGGGAGACGAGUUCGGCACUCAGAUCCAUGUUAACAGUCUGGCGAUGUUCAAGAAGAUGCCAGAGAUCCUCAGCUACGUCACCACCGACCGCACCACUCAGAUCCAUGCCUGCCGGCAUCCCAGGGAUGAGGAGUUUUUCCAGGGCAACCGGUUGCCGUGUGGUUGCUCGGCAACUGACGGGUCGCCGCUCCGGAUCAUCAGCAUCAAACCGUCCACCAUGUGGUUCGGAGAGCGAACCAAGAAGACCAACGUCAUCAUAAAAACAGGAAGUAGUUCCUACAGAGCUUGUUUCAGCUUCCACUCCUCCUACUCAGAGAUUAAGGACUUCCUGUCCUACCUGCAGCCCGUCAACAUUUUCCCGAGCGUCGUUCCGAUCGGACGCUCGCUGACCGACGUCACGCAGAUGUUGAGGCUGAUGUGCCGGAACCAGCCCGAUGACGCCGGCUUCGUCUACAAACCUCUGGGCGUCCUGAAGCGGAGCCGAGCUCAGCGGCCCUCUGACGACUCGAGCAGCGACGACGAGCUCUUUGACAGUUUGGAUCUGGCUCCGCUCCGGAAGAAACUGAUCCUGAACCAGGAAACGCACAGCGAGACGCCAGUUGAGAGAACGGCGCUCCCUGUGGCCACGUCUUUACCUCUGCUGGUGUCUGAUUCGACGUCUGCUGCUCAGAACUACUUCGACUGCACCGAGUCCAACGGCGAGGACGAAGACGAUGAAGAGGAGGAGGAAGAGGAGGGAAAAGGAGACGUGAGCAAAGCGCCGAAGUGGGAGGAUUUCUUUACGGCAGAGCCGCUGAGCGACAGCCAGAACAGCCAAUCACAUUCCUGCUGCUCCACCGCAUCACAGACCCCGGAUCUGUUCAGCGACGGUGACCGAAUCCCGGAGAACCUGGACGCCUUCAGCCUGACGCUGUCCGCCUCCCAGUCCAACCAGUCCUCCCAGAACCUGGACGACACCCUCAUCCUGGCCCAGUCAGAACUCGAGGAGCUGCCGGCGUCUCAGGCGUCCUCGGACUUCGACGUCCCGCCCACGCCAGAGUCGAAGGCGCCGCAGGCUGGCGAGCUGCUGCAGCUGUACAGGAAGCUGGCAUCAGGACAGGAAGUGGUCAUCAGAGGUCAGGUUGAGCGCGAAGGAGACGAACAUCUGAUUGGUUGAUGGACAAAAGAUCCAUUCCGGUGUGUUUUUAUUUUAGAAAAACAAGUAAGUACACCCUCUGAUCCAGGAUUCCUGUCACAUGGGCUUUGACUAGGCCAUCGCAGCACUUUUGUUUUUUCAGCUGAUCUGUUACAGCGAUACAGCUUAAAAACAAUCUU